UUCUGAUAUUGCCGCAGUCUGUCAACUCUCUUAAUUUUUACAAUAUUUUGUUUGUUAUAUGUGACCAAUUGAUAAUUUUUAUUGUUUCAUUAUCAUCAACAUGCUAUUGUCCAUUAACAGCACAAUUCACAUAAUCAAGUUAAAGUUUAGCAAAUAAAUUACAACGACAAUUUCUUCUCUUCGUAUCAUGUCCAUUCUAAAAAGCAAACAAUAAAAAAAAUAAAAUAUCAAUAUCAAACAGUGAAAGUCCAAGUGUUAAUAAUUAUAUAUAAAAAAAACAAAAACAAUAACAAUGUUCUCCUCAAGGCUAAUAACAUUUUAAGCAUAAAAUUUUUGUUCAUUUAUUAUUUGACUUUAUAUCAUUUAUCAACAUAUCCAUAAUAAUAACAAUAAUAGUAUUUCAAUGCCUGAAACAGGCAUAAGAUAGUUAAAAAAAAAAUAAAAUAUGAAAUUCCAAAGAUUAAAAGUGACACGAGUUAACUCGAAAUCCUAAUAAUUUAGUUGUCUAUUUAAAAAUAAUUCAUAGAAAAUAUUAUUAAUGUGGUGUAACAACGAAAAAUUGAUAAAUUUUUUUUACUGAUAAUCAUUGCUUAAAUAAUGUUUAAAUAGAAAAAUUUACCAUCAAAUACCUUUCAAGGAAAUUGAAGUAAAAAAAAAUCGAAAAAAAAAAGUGGAAAAAAACACUUACAAUGGUCAUAGUAUUUUUGCUGAUGCUAUUGAUGCAUGGGUGUUGGUGUUUAAUGUUACAAGGUACAUCUACAAGUUAUGCACAAUAUGAAAAAUGGAAUGCUGGUUUAAAUGGAAGUUUAGAAUUUGAAUUUAAAACUGAACAGGGUAAUGGUUUAUUAUUAUAUACAGAUGAUGGUGGUACAAAUGAUUUUUUUGAAAUAAAAUUAGUUGAAAGUGCAUUAAGACUUAGAUAUAAUCUUGGUGGUGGUGCACAAAUAUUAACUGUUGGUCAUGAUCUUGGUGAUGGUAAUUGGCAUAAAAUAAUUAUAAAACGUAAUUAUGAAAAUACAACAUUAAAUGUUGAUGGUAUAACAUCAACAUCAAUAUCAAAAGGUAAAGAAUAUGAAUUUGGACAUUAUAGUAAAAAUUCAGAUGUUUAUAUUGGUGGUAUGCCAUCUUGGUAUAAUAAUAAACUAACAUUAUUGGCAUUACCAAGUGUUAUAUUUGAACCAAAAUUUAAUGGUUUUAUAAGAAAUUUAGUGUACGGUGAUAAUAAUAAUAUUAUACCAAGAAGACAAAAAAUUAAAAAUUCAAAUACAGAGUGUGGUGAAUUUUCAUGCUCAGAAGAAAGUGAAAAUCAGCAUAAAGUUAUCAGAAGUAUACAAAAAACAGUUGUUGCUAAUUUUACGGAUGCAUGUGAAACUUAUGAUCCAUGCCAGCACGAUGGAAUAUGCAUUUCUACAGACAACGGACCUGUGUGUGAAUGUCGAUCAAGUAAUUACGAAGGAGAAUACUGCGAAAAAGAUAAAGUUCCAUCCGAGGCAUCAUUUAGAGGUACUGAAUAUUUAAAAAUUGAUUUACGUGAUGGCCAAUCAAUUCUUAGCAUUGAAGAAUCAGUUAGUCUUCAAUUUAAAACUCGACAACACAAUGGACUUAUAUUCUAUUCAGGAGGUGGAGGUGCAGAUUAUUUAAGUAUAUCAAUAAAAGAUGGUGGUGUUGCUGUUGGAAUGACUUUGGCAAAUGGAAGACUUGAUUUACAUAUUAAACCAUCAAAAAUAAGAUUUGACGAUAAUCAAUGGCAUAAAAUUAUUGUUCAAAGAAGAGUUCAAGAGAUAUCAACUAUCACUCGUUUUUGCAAGCUGUCUGCUAUUGUUGAUGGUAUUUAUGCUGAACACGCUCACACAGCUGGCUCAUUCACUCGAUUGGAAAGUAAUCAACUUCUUGUUGGUGGUGGUGUUGAGUCAAAAUCUCAUCAAGCUUCAAGAGGAAUAACUAAUUUUGUUGGCUGUUUACGUAAGGUUUUAUUUAAAGCUGAAGGUGAAGAAAUUGAACUUAUUGAAGCUGUUAAAACUUCAUCACGUGGUGCAAGUGCAUGGGGAAGAAUUGAUUUUCAUUGUCGAGAACCAAAAUCAGAUCCAGUUACUUUUACAACUCGUGAAUCUCACCUCAGGGAAUAUCAAUCAAAUGUGAUAGCAAGACGUCUUCAUGGUACAACUAUCACCUUCACCAGUCCAGAUUCCCAUUUGGUACUUCCACCAUGGAAAGCUGCUGGAUCUGGGAGUAUAUCAUUUAAAUUACGCACAAAUGAGCCAGAUGGUCUUGUUAUGUACAGUCAAAGUGGAGCACCAGCACGACCGGAUCUUUUUGCUUUUGAAAUACUUGAUGGACAUCUUUAUCUACAUAUGGAUCUUGGAAGUGGUCAUUUUAAAAUUCGUGCAUCAAAAAGACGAAUAACUAAUGGCACUUGGCAUGAUAUUGCAUUGAGAAGAGUUGAUCGUAAUGGAAGAGUUACUGUUGAUGGUGAGGCAACUGAUUUUAAUACACCUGGCGACUCAACUCAACUUGAUCUUGAUGGAUUACUUUAUAUUGGCGGUGUUGGAGUACCUUUUGCACCAUUAACAGUUCCUCCAGUUCUUUGGAGUGGUGCUUUGAGAAAGGGCUACGUUGGAUGCAUGAGAGAUCUCGUUAUAAAUGGUCAACCCGUUGAUAUUGCUGGUUAUGCUCAACAACAAGAUUCUAGUGCAAUAAGACCAGCAUGUCAUGCACAUUCUUCUCAAUGCUCAUCACAGCCAUGUAUGCAUGGUGGUAUAUGCAUCGAAGGCUGGAAUAGAUUUUACUGUGAUUGUUCAGCAACUCCAUUUACUGGUCCUAUUUGUGGAAAAGAUGCAUCAACACUUUAUUUAAAUGGAAGUCAAUAUAUGACAGCACUAAUGCCCGAGGAUUCAAAAACUCAAGUUGAAGAAAUUUCAAUGAGAUUUAAAACAUCAAAACCAAGUGGUAUUUUACUUGCUACAAGUCGAGAAAAUAGUUUUGAUAGAAUACAAAUUACUUUAGAUCAAGGAACAGCUAAAGCAAAACUACACAUUGGUGAUCAAGAAAAAAUUUUGUACUCAAGUCAAGGCCUCAAUGACGACAUGUGGCACAUUUUAAGAUUCUCUAGACGUGCAACUAAAAUUAAACUACAAAUAGAUGAUGAUCCUGUCUUAAAAGCUGAAACACAAUUAGAAAGUGAUGCAAUAUUAGAAUUUCGUACUCUUCAUGUUGGUGGCUAUCAACAGACUGGUGAUGAUUUACCAAAUUUUGUUGGUCAUUUACAACAAGUUUUUUUUAAUGGACAUCCAUAUCUUGAAAUAGCAAGAAGUACAGGAAAUUAUCAAAACAGUCAUCUUGGUUUAUCACCAAUAAUAAGAGUUACAGGAAAAUUUGCAAAGCGAAAUCAUCCUGUACAUCGUCCAGUAACAUUUACAUCAAAACAUACAUUUGUCGGACUUCCAAUUUUAAAAGCAUAUAUCGAGACAAAUCUUUAUUUUCAAUUUAAAACUCGAGAAACAAAUGGACUUAUAUUUUUCAAUGCUGGUCGUGAAAGAGAUUUUAUUGCAGUUGAACUUGUUGGAGGUCAUAUACAUUAUGUAUUUGAUCUUGGUGAUGGACCAGUUCGUAUAAAAGAUUCAUCAAAAAAUCGUCUAAAUGAUGGAAAAUGGCAUGCUGUUUCGAUUGGAAGACCAGCUCCAAAACGUCACACGUUAUCAAUUGAUGAUCAUGUUACAGCAGUCACUAGUCAAGGCAACAAUGAAAAUCUAGAUCUUGAUGGAAUUCUUUAUGUUGGUGGUGUAGAAAAAAAUCAAUAUGCACAAUUACAACAAUUGAGUUUAUUAAGUCGUCAAGGUUUUGAAGGUUGUCUUGCAUCAUUUGAAGUUAGUGGUGAAAGUGUUGAUCUAAUGUCUGACACAGUUGUUACAAGUUCACUUGUUGUAUCUGGUUGUGAAAUAAGUGCAAAUAUACAUUCAGAUAAAAAAUGUACACAUGAUAUUUGUGCUAAUUAUGGUACUUGUGUUCAACAAUGGAGUAGUUAUACUUGUGAUUGUGACAUGACUAGUUUUAGUGGACCAACUUGUAGUGAUGAAGCAGUGGCAUAUGAAUUUGGACCUGGUCGUGGAGUAAUUAUGUAUACAUUUCCUAAUGAUAAACGAACGGAAAUGAUGAAAGACGUUGUUGCAAUGGGAUUUAUCACGAGUAAUAAUGAUGCAGUACUUUUAAGAGUUGAAUCAGCAACAGGCAAUGAUUAUCUUGAAAUCGAAAUUGUUGAAGGAAAUGUAUUUGCUGUAUAUAAUACUGGCAGUAGUGAUCAUCCAAUUGGUGAAGUUGGUGUCAAGGUCAAUGACAAUCAGUAUCAUGUCAUUAGAUUUACAAGAAGUGGUGCAAAUGCAACACUACAAGUUGAUGAUUAUAAUUUACUUGCAAAUCAUCCACCAGGUAAUCAAUUGAAAGUUUUUGAUGGCCAAUCAACUGUCCAAGUUGGUGGUCGUUGGAAUCAAAGUAAAGGAAGAGUAGAACGUCCUUUUUUGGGUACUAUUUCUGGUCUUGUUUUAAAUGGUAUUAGAGUACUUGAACUAGCAGCUGCUGGUUCUGACAAAGUUUUUAUCUCAAUUCGUGGUGAUGUACAAUUACUUCCGCCAGGAAGUUUAUUAGAAAGAACAGCUCCACUUCAACGAAUGCAGCAGACUCCUGCAUCAGGAUUACCAGGUGUAAUGGACGAUCUUAUAUUUUCCGGAGCUGGAAGUGGAUGUGCAGGUGACGAUGAAGAUGUUGAAUGUCCACCAAUUUAUGAUCUUACUUCUGAUGAUUUAAUAACUCCAGUUUAUGUUGCACCAACAAAAUCACCUUCUUUUUCAAAACCAAUAAAUAAAAAAGAAAAUAUUAAAGAGCAUCCAACUUGUGAUGAUGAAGAAGAUUGUGAAGAAGGAUCUGGUGAUCCAGGAACAACUGACAAUGUCAUUGUAACAUCAACAAACAAACUCAAUCAAGUAUCAUCAACGACAACACCAGAAACACCUGCACACUCAACAAGUAGUCAAUCAUCAAGUCCGAUAUUACUAUCAACUGAAAUAUCUACACCACUUCCACAUUUUAAUACUUCAACAACAGACAAUGAGUCAACACACAGUAGCAGUACAACAAGUGUUUCUUUACGUACAAUUAGUGAAAUAACAUUAACAUCAACAACAUCAACAACAACUACAACAACAACAACACCAAAAAUACCAGAAGUACCAGAGCUACCAGAGAUACCAGAAUUACCAGAAAUACCAGUAUAUAAUCCCGAGAAUUAUCCAAUACCACCAAAUCCAGGAAAAACAAAAGAAACACAUAAAACAAGUAUACAUUCAGAUGCAGCAAAAAAUGCAGCAUUAAUAAUAGCAAUAAUUGCUGGUGCAUUAAUAGCAAUUGUACUUAUAAUAUUAUUAAUUCUUAAAUUUAAAAAUCGUCCAGAUGCACAUUAUAAAAGUGAUAAAACAAAAAGUUUUUGUCAAAAUCCAUCAGCAGCAUUAUUAGGUGGUAAUGCAUCUGGACAACAAUAUAAUAGUCCCUCAAAAACAUCUACAUGUGAAAAUAAAAAUAAUAAAAAACGUGAACUUAAAGAUAUUAAAGAGUGGUAUGUCUAAUAAAUAAUAUAAUUAUAAUCAUCUGUUUAUGUUAACCAUAUGGGUUGAAAGAUGUAUAAUAAUGAUAGUAACGUCCAGAAAAGUAUAUAAGAAAACAUGAUAUUAAUAAAGAUACUUUGAUAUUAAAUUUAAAUAAGUAUCUUGUUUUAAUUUUACAACAUAUGUUAUUCAUGUUUAUGAGUUUGAAAAUUGUAAUACUCGUCAGAGGAUUAAGAAUAUGCCAAAUUUUACGACGAGCUUUUUUUUAAUCAGCUAGUAAUUAUUUUUCAUCAUGAAAAAUAUAAAUUUAAAUCAUCAAAGGACAUAAUAAAGCUGUUAAAAAAUUUAAGUGGGAAUGUGCUAACAUAUUAUAACAAAAAUAAUUUUAUUACGCAAGUAGAAAAAUUGUCGAUACAAAAUUUUUCAUUAUAAGAGUUAAAUCAUAACACCAUCCAACAAAAUAAUUUAAAAUUACGUCUUGUUUGGAGGGUUGAUAGUAUUGAUUUUAAAUUAAACAUGUUAAAAUGUGCAUAAUUAUUUGAAAUUUACGAAUUUAUAUUUUACUAUAUAAUUGUGCAUCGUAAUUUUCAUAAUAAUUGAUUAAAAAAAAAACGAGUUUGAAGUGUUUUAUUGCAGCUGAAUUUGAAAUAUUAAUUUUGUAGUACCAAAAAAUUGAAAAAAAAUAAUAAAAAGUAAAAAAAAAAACUCAUUUAGAGUUAAAAUUAGAAAAAGGAAAUUUUUUUUUUUUAGUUGCUCAGGUUUUUUGUGGAAAUAAAAUUCGAUUUUAUGUUAAUUAGGGCAUCCAAAUAAAAAAAAAAAAAAUUAAAACAAUUGAUCAUAGCUUGAACAAUGCACUUGAUAAUUUUUUUUUGUUUUAAAAUAUUUUGUAAAAUAAAAAAAACAAUUGUUUGACUAACUAAGACAAUUGCUUAAGUAUUUUUUUUUUUUCGAUAGAAAAUUUUCAUUUGAUAACAAAAUGUAAAGUCAGUUUUGCAACUUUGAGUUGAAUAAAAUUUUAAAUCAUUAAAUUUAAGAGCUCUUGAGAGUUUCACUUGUCACAAUUUAACAAAAUUUUAAUUUAUCAUUAUGCCACACCACUUGGUGUAGAAAAAAAAAAAAAGUAAAACGUGCUCUAAGAUGAAUAGAUGAUUUUCAAUGAAUAAUGGAUAAAAAAAAAAAAUUGUAUUACAUUUAAAUUUCAAAGCUGAAAACUUAAUUAUUUAAUAAUACAAAAAUUCAUAAUUCCUUAAAUUUAAAUUUGACUGAUUAAAAUGAUCUUUUCACAUUUAAAAAUUAAUAAUCAAGAUAUGGAAAGUUCUUAACGAUUAUGAAAAAAAAAAAUAUUUACCUUUUGGAUAAUAUUGACUGAGAACUAUCUUAUCAACAAGCUAUACAUAUCCUCAAAUUUUUAAUGUUUUUUCUUAAUUUAAAUAUAUUAAAAUCAUUCAUUAUAAUAUUUACAAUUUCGCUUAACAUAAAAAUUAUCUUUCACAUGAGUCGUGCACGAAUUUGAAUCUUAAAUAAUAUAAAAACUUAAAAGCUACAAUUUUUCCGUAUAAAAUAUAUAAAUUAAUUUCAUUGACUCUAAUCUUCUGCGCUUGAAUUAUUUUUUCCUUUAAAUUUAUUUGAGAUAUAUAACAAUACCAAACGAAACGAAACUUAAAAAAAAAAUAAUAAACAAACCAAGACUGACUGUUAAAUGUUAAAAAAUAAUAAAAAUUUGUGCAUGAAAAAUUAUUUUUAAAUGAGAAAAAUACUCAAAUUAAUUUGAUAAUUGAUUGAAUAAAAUGUACAUGUUUUGAAAUUUUAAUUCAACGUCAUAUUAAAUUUGAGAUUUAUUAUUUUAAUUUAAUGCAAAAUAGUGGAUUUUAAUUUGCACAAAAUUAUUCACUGUGAGUAAAUAAAAACGUCAAAAUCAAUAUUAUAAUUAUCAUGGAUUUGCCCUAACCCAAAGCUCAACCAAGAUUGAAUAUUAUAAAAAAAAAUUAUUGCAUUUGAAAUAUUUAUUUCAAUUUGCAGUUUGUGAAAGUACACAAGUUAUGAUUGAAACUGAUUAUUAGUUGGCAAUUAUUGUAUAGAAAAAAAACAAAAUAUAAAUAUGUAUGAAAAUAUCAAUCAAGUUAUGUUGAAAGUAUAAUUUUUUGGUGAAGUUUGUAUAAAUUUUAAUAUUAUUGGAAAAUGUUUAUAAGUCAAUGCAGACUGUUAUCCAGAUAAUAAUAAAAAAUAAUAAAAAAUAUGGUCUGUAUACAUAUCCAAUUUGAAUAAAU